UUCAGGGAGCCAAGAAUGGCAGAGGAUCGCAUUCGCAUCACACCCACACUCGUGCCAGUGACACCUUCCCUUCCACUCUCGCCGCCGCGGCCGCCUCGUCGGAGCGCAUUGCAUGGCGGGACACACGCCAGAGCCGGUCGGUGCCGGUGGUGGUGGUGGCGGACGUGCCCGCGCGCGCAACCCGCCGCUGUCGUCUUUGGUCGUGUCCACCAUCGCCGCCUUCUCCGCCGUCGUCGUCUUCGCCAUCGUCCGCUCGGCGUACGACGACGCGGUGUCGAGGACGACGACGCUGCUGGGGCACAACCUGGAGCCGACGCCGUGGCACCCGUUCCCGCACGACAAGGGGAGGGCGCCGGCGCGCGCCGCGUUCCGGUGCGCGCCGUCCCUGACCUGCCUGCCGCCGCUGGCGCAGCCGGAGCCGCGGCCGCAGCCGGGGGCGAACGCGUCGGCGCCGCGGCAGUGCCCGGCGUACUUCGCCGCCAUCCGGCGCGACCUCGCGCCGUGGCGGCGGCGCGGCGGCGUGACGCGCGCGCUGCUCGACGCAGCGCGGCGCCGCGCGUCCAUGCGCGUGGCCAUCACCGGCGGCGGGCGGCGGCUGCACGUGGAGCUCUACUACGCGUGCGUCCAGAGCCGGGCGCUGUUCACGGCGUGGAGCCUCCUGCAGCUGAUGCGGCGGUACCCCGGCCGCGUCCCCGACGUGGAGCUCAUGUUCGACUGCAUGGACCGGCCGGCCAUCAACCGCACCGAGCACGGCGGCGACGGCGACCCUGGCGCGCCGCCGCUGUUCCGGUACUGCACCACCCGGGACCACUUCGACAUCCCUUUCCCUGAUUGGUCCUUCUGGGGCUGGCCAGAGACGAACAUCGAGCCAUGGAGCAACGAGUUCAUGAGCAUCAAGCAGGGAGCCAAGGCGACGAAGUGGCAGGACAGGGUGGCGACGGCGUACUGGAAGGGCAACCCGGACGUGGCGUCGCCGUUGAGGGUCGCCCUGCUGGGCUGCAACGACACCAACCUCUGGCACGCCGAGAUCAUGCGCCAGAAUUGGGAUGAGGAGGCCAAGUCCGGGUACCAAAACUCCAAGCUCUCCAGCCAAUGCACCCACAGGUACAAAAUAUAUGCAGAGGGAUUCGCGUGGUCGGUGAGCCUGAAGUACAUACUGUCAUGUGGGUCCAUGGCGCUCAUCAUCGACCCGCAGUACGAGGACUUCUUCAGCCGCGGGCUGCGGCCGGAGGUGAACUUCUGGCCGGUGCGCGGCGCCGGCGCCGGCAUGUGCGAGUCGAUCAGGGACGCCGUGGAGUGGGGGCAGGCGCACCCGGCGGAGGCGGAGGCGGUGGGGCGGCGCGGCCAGCGGCUGAUGCAGGAGCUCGACAUGGCCGCCGUCUACGACUACAUGCUGCACCUGCUCUCCGAGUACGCGCGCCUCAUGCGGUUCCGGCCGGAGGAGGCGCCGCCGGCGCCGGCGCAGGAGGUGUGCGAGGCGUCGGUGCUGUGCCUCGCCGACGAGAAGCAGAGGCGGUUCCUCGAGGCGUCCGCGGCGAGGCCCGCCGCGUCGGAGCCGUGCGUGAUGCCGCCCGACGCCGGCGAGUGAGCCACGGCGGGAUAGAAAAUUUUAGGAUGACCAUAGAUUUAUUAAAUUAGGAUUUGCUUUCAAAUGAGCCCAAAACAAUACAAAUUAAAUUUGAAGUUUGUAACUUCAAAAUAUUGAUUUUGGAUUCGCAAGAGUUUCAGCCUCUCCUCCUAAGUACUCCUUCCGGUUUUCUGUUUAA